GGUUGCUUGCCAACCGCCAUAAAACCAAGGAAGAAGAAGAAGCACGCAGAUGACUGCAGCAAAAACCAACGAAGAAGAAUGAGGCUGAUGAAGAACGGAAAUUAGAGAAGACGGCGGAUUGAGCAGUAAAGGAGAAUAUAACCUUUUUAACCUGGACGUAUUACUGUUCACGAAGCUGUAUUAUAUUGCUAAAGUAUGACAGAGCCUCAAUCAGCCCUGCUACUCAGGAGACAGCUUGCAGAGUUAAAUAAAAACCCAGUAGAAGGAUUCUCAGCGGGUCUGAUUGAGGAUAAUGAUCUUUACAGAUGGGAAGUACUGAUCAUCGGUCCACCAGACACACUUUAUGAAGGUGGUGUGUUUAAAGCUCAUCUGACAUUUCCCAAAGACUACCCUCUCAGGCCACCUAAAAUGAAAUUUAUCACAGAUAUUUGGCAUCCUAAUGUUGACAAGAAUGGAGAUGUAUGUAUUUCUAUUUUACACGAACCUGGGGAAGACAAGUACGGCUAUGAAAAACCAGAAGAGCGUUGGCUUCCCAUCCAUACGGUUGAAACGAUCAUGAUCAGUGUUAUCUCCAUGUUGGCAGACCCAAACGGUGACUCUCCUGCCAAUGUGGAUGCCGCAAAAGAGUGGCGGGAGGACAGGCAUGGCGCGUUUAAAAGAAAAGUUGCCCGCUGUGUACGGAAAAGUCAAGAGACUGCGUUUGAGUGACUUUUAGCAAUAAUCUACAUUCCAUUUUCACAGAAGAUGUCGCCUGGCUCCUCUCGGCUGCACCAGAACAUUCAUCUGAUCACAGCUGACACAAGCAGGUGCCAACUGACACUGACAAACAUUACAAACAAGUCUAUGAACUGCUUCAACAUUCAGGAAGAUUUGUAAAUACAUCAUGUAAGUACUGUAGCACAUAUCCACUUCUGCUCGGAUGUUUACAUAAUUAAUGGCACUACAUGAUUUGUUUCUAGGAUGCAAUGAUGCAACAUAACUUCUCAAUGAUUUUAGAAACAAGAAUUGGGAACAAAAACACUUGAAAUUAUAACACUUAACAAGUUUCCCCUUUUUGUAUCCACCAACAAGCGUCUGGCAUAAUAUGUAUGCUAUAUUUCAUCAUUCUUCAUUCAAAACUGCUUGCUUUUCUAGCACGAAUAUGGCUUUUCAUCUGAAACCUCGUCAACAAUCGAGUCCCUUGGUGUUGAAGUGGCUUACGUUCAUUUUCAUCAGAACAAUUAAGUUAGCACAUAGAAAUGAGGAGCUCAUUAGGGCAUUAUAGAAUGUUGAACUAAACCCUAGUUUUAUUCCAUAAGCAGUUUUGUUGUGUGUCCAUUUGGAGCCUCUAGAUCAGGGUCCCAAAGCUUUUUCCACUAAGAGCCGUAUAACAAAAAGUCAAAGUAUGCAGAGGCUAUUUUGAUAGUCUUUUUUUUUUUUUUUAAUGCUUAAAGCAGACAUUACGUAUGCAGUGGUUCUCAAAUUUGUUUCACCAAAUACCACCUCAGAAAAAAACUUUGCUCACCAAGUACCUCCAUUAGCAAUAUUAAAAACAAGGUAGAGGUUUUAUUUAACAAGUAUAUUUUAAUAUUUUGGCUUCUGUAACAUUACACACAAUUUGAACAGUAACACUGUAUUUGAAUAUAGUAAAAAUUAGGGAUGUAACGGUACACAAAUAUUUCGGUUCGGUACGUACCUCGGUUUAGAGGUCACGGUUCGGUUCAUUUUCGCUACAGUAAGAAAACAACAAAAUAUAAAUGUUUUGGUUAUUUAUUUACCAAAUUUGUAAACAAGAGCUUUAUCCUUUUACAUUGGGAACACUAUAAUCAUUCUGCCCACGUUAAUCAACAUUAAACUGCCUCAAGUUGUUGCUCAGAUUAUAUAUAAUGACAAAACUUUUCUUCUACAUAUAAAAAGUGCAACAUUAAACAGUUUCAAGUCAACUCAUCAUGCUUAAUUUAUUACAGCAUUUGGGAAGCCUGCAGUUGAUUUUUAUUAUGUAAAUAUUAUAUUUUUAUCAACAUGUGAUAGCAGGGACCCUGCCAUUCAAAACUAGGCUGCUGCAUUUCUAAUGAAUAAUGUAACUAUAGCUGAAAAAAUGGUACAAUAGCAAUAGGAGAGACUAUUUAUCCCUGAACACCAUGGAGUUCAUGUAGGAUUAAUGAUGCAGUUACAUUAUUAUAUCAACUAUCAGAGACAGACACUCUUCAUUUAACAUAAUGUCCUUUUUUGCUGCUUCAACACAGAAAAAGGUAAAGUGAAAUAACAGACAGACAGGGCUUUGCUGUCCAUAACACACACACACACACCGCAAAAUGAGCUAACAUUACGCUAAAAGCGAAUUAGCCUUCACCUCAAGCCAGGACUGCGAGCGAGCUGAACUGCCUUUUAUAUUUCUAGAAGGUCAACGGGCUCAUAGUGAUGUUACUAUAAGUUGACUGGGAGGUGUUAAUUAUAAUUUGGGGAGAGUCCGCUGCCUGAUGCUUACCUGCUAAACGCUAAGCACUGACUACAUGCGCACUGAAUACCCACUGCUGAUUGGCUGUUACUGCUCUGAAUAUGCACUGCUGAUUGGCUGUUACCGCUCCAUUUGUAACCAAUCAGAUGGUUGUGUGGGUGGGACAAUGCUGGGUGCUGUGUAGAGAGAGGACUGACAGAGACAGGGGCAGAAGGAAGCGGAGUCGGCUACUUAAUAUGUUGGUGUGGAAACUCGUUCGGUAUACCUCCGAACCGAAACCCCCGUACCGAAACGGUUCAAUACAAAUACGCGUACCGUUACACCCCUAGUAAAAAUAAAACACUGUACUUUAAUGAGGUGAUUCUUUGGCAUACCCUAGAUGUAGCCCGUGUACACGUACCACAGUUUGAGAAUCACUGCAUUUGUUUAAUGACACUUAGUGUCAGCAUUGUUAUAGGUGACAAAGUUUAUCAUUAUUAUCGUAUUUUCCGGACUAUAAACUGCUACUUUUUUUCACCGCUUUAAUCCUGCGGCUUAUAAAACGCUGCAGCUAAUUUAUGGAUUUUCUUUGCUCGCAGCCAUAAUGUUUUGUAUCCAACAAACAAGUUUUCAUAUUACACCGACGCCAUCUAUUGGACAGGUGCUCCGGGUUGAAAAUGUACUUCCUGUUUAGUGCCUUGAACCGGAAGAAUAACCGGCUAUAACGGUUCUGCUCGAAAGGAUUCUUUGUUCAUCACUCCAUGCAACUUUUCUAAGUUUUACAAUACACUCAAAUUUAUAUAAUGCGGCCCAAUAUAACAUGAUAUUCUAUAAAACGCGGUCCUGCCAUGGAUCUUGAAUUUUUGCUCGUUUACAACGCCGCAUGGUGGCUAGUAGACUGUGACUAGCUAACAAGCUAAAUCGGUUAUGUGUCUUAGUCGUCUCACUGUAGCUUGUAGGCCUUUUAGGGCUGCUACAAACUGGGCUAAUUAGCUCAUUACGGCUAAUGCUAGUAAGCGUGUCGACGGCAUCUAAACUUAUGAUGUUACUCCGCUCCAAAUGGUGGACACGUCCCUCUAGCAGGGACAAUCUCUUCAUGAGAAUGGGGCUUCAGACCAGGGCUAGCUUAUCUCCCGUAGCUUUGCAGCUUGCUAGAUGAAAGUGAAGUGGUGAUGAAUUGAUUACGUGGACCCCGACUUAAACAAGUUGAAAAACUUAUUCGGGUGUUACCAUUUAGUGGUCAAUUGUACGGAAUAUGUACUGAACUGUGCAAUCUACUAAUACAAGUUUCAAUCAAUCAAUCAAAGAAACAAAGAGAGCAAGUGCUGUUGUAAAUUCAAAAAGACUACAAAAUGUGUUGCAGAACGGCUAAAGAAGGCUACCUGUAUUAAGAAUUUAGAAGCACACAAAAUAGAAAGAUAGCACUUAGCUUUGACGAAAAAGCAGCAUGAAUGAUCACAGCCCAACCAACGGCAGAGUGAACGAGCAACAGCGUGAACCAUUUUCUUUGCCAGAAUAAAACUAAAUAAAUAUGUUACUAAAUUAAAAUAACAAAAUAUCGACACAGUGAUAGAGCCCAUCCCAUUCAGUGACAUAGGAGCACAAUCCACCAUUCACGUCUACGUCUGGUUUGGGUAUCAUGCCUUUGUCCAUCCAUCCAUCCAUUUCUACCGCUUAUCCUUGUCAUCCUUCAAAAAAAAAAGGGUAGGAAACAUCCAUCCAUCCAUCCAUCCAUCCAUUUUCCUACCGCUUAUUCCCUUCGGGGUCGCGGGGGGCGCUGGGGGUAGGAAACAAGGAUUUCUAUAUAACGCGAUCGUGUAUUUUAUGGACCCAACGACCGCGUUAGAUCGGCCUUUGAGUGUAUAACUUAAACACUUCCAUCCAUCCAUUCAUCCAUCGUCUUCCGCUUAUCGGAGGUCAGGUCGCGGGGCAGCAGCCUAAGCAGAGAAGCCCAAAAUUCCCUCUCCCCAGCCACUUCGUCCAGCUCCUCCCGGGGGAUCCCGAGGCUAUCCCAGGCCAGCUGGGAGACAUAGUCCCUCUCAACGUGUCCUGGGUCUUCCGCGUGGCCUCCUACCGGUCGGACGUGCCUUAUGAGAUGGUUCGGGCAUCCUGACCAGAUUCCCGACCAUCUCAUCUGGCUCAUGUGGAGAAGCAGCGUCUUUACUCUGAGCUCCUCCCAAAUGACAGAGCUUCUCACCCUAUCUCUUAAGGGAGAGCCUAGCCAGCCAACGGAGGAAACUCAUUUUGGCUGCUUGUACCCGGGUUCUUGUCCUUUUUUUUGAGUUUGAGUUUGAGUUUAUUUCGAACAUGCAAGCAUACGACCCAAAACUCAUGACCGUAGGAGAGGAUGGGAACGUAGAUCAACCGGUGAAUUUGUGAGCUUUGUUUUCCGGCUCAGCUCCUUCUUCCCCACGAUGGACUGAUACAGGGUCUCCAUCACUGCAGACGCCGCACCGAUCCGCCUGGCAAUCUCACGAUCCACUCUCCCCUCACUCGUAAACAAGACUCCAAGGUACUUGAACUCCUCCACUUGGGGCAAGAUUUCGUCCCCGACCUGGAGAUGGCACGCCACCCUUUUCCGGGCGAGAACCAUGGACUCUGACUUGGAGGUGUUGAUUCUCAUCCUAGUUGUUUCACACUCAAACAGUUCAUACCUACAAAACCGUCCAUUGCAACGUGUUUUGUCUGUCGGAGUGUUUUCAUGCACAUUUGUACGUGCUAUCGCAAUGUAAUCAAGCUACCUUCGUUAGCAUUAGCAAAUAUGCUAACACGAUUACAAGUGUCUGUUAGUAUUAUUAACUUACAAAGGCAUUCUUUUUGUAUUGUUUUAGUUUCGUAGAUUCACCAAAACGUCACUGUGGAGUUAUUUAGUCUGUUUAGCUGAUUGGAGAGCCAGCUUUCACAGCUAGUGGGUCCUUGACGAUGACCUCAGUUUUGUUUGAUCAGCCGUUUUACUAUGAAGUGAAGUGUAUUUAUACAGCGCUUUUCUCUAGUGACUCAAAGUGCUUUACAUAGUGAAACCCAAUAUCUAAGUUACAUUUAAACCAGUGUGGGUGGCACUGGGAGCAGUUGGGUAAAGUGUCUUACCCGAGGACACAACGGCAGUGACUAAGAUGGCGGAAGCGGGGAUCGAACCUGGAACCCUCAAGUUCCUGGCAUGGCCGCUCUACCAAUCAAUCUAUUCUGCCCCACAGCUGUGUUAUAGGUACCAUUUGGAAACAAUUAAGGUAUGCAAAUAAUCUUUACAAAAUAUUUCGUACCGUUUAGCUGCGGCGUAAAGUCCGUUGCAGCAAAUAUAUGCACACAAUCUAACGCAACAAACUAUGGGGAAAAAACAAUAUAAAAAUGUCAGAAAAAAGAGCAAAAACACAAUGUGAUGAGAAAAAGAUGUACAUUUCAUACUAAUAAUAUUACAGCGUGUCACUUAUAACAUGGAGCUGGCACAACGUUUUGAUACAUGUCUGUUAGUAGAAUUUAAAAAAAAAUAGAUAUCAAAAUAUGCCAUGCAUACUUAGACUUUUCAAAUUUUGUAUUACAUUUUCAGCUUUUUUCUCAUUACAUAUCUUGUUGCUCUUUUUUCUUUUUCUUUUUUUCCCUAACAUGUUGCGGGCCAACAAAACUCAAGCUGCGGGCCACAAAUGGCCACUCUGCUCUAGAUGUUGAAUUGAGGUGAAGUUCAGUACUUCAUCUACUUGAAGCAGCACUGGCAACCAAACUUCUUCACAGCUUGACUGACAGUAGCAUACAAACUACUCCAUCUUGGUUUCUAAUGACUAUCAAACUCCCAUAGUGUCCACGAGGACCUUUCAGUCGUGCUUGAAGGUUUCAAAGACAAACAAGUAUUUUUUAAUUCAGUCUGUGGUGAUUAAAAGUGCUGGUUCAACAGUUACCACUUCAAGAUGUGAUGGAGUCUUGACAUUCCAGAACAUUCUAACCUAUUUCCUUUCAUCUGAGUUGUACUUGCAGUAUGUAAAAUUGUUCGAAGUGAUGAUGUUUACAAAUUGAAUUAACAAACAUGGGUACAUUACAGUUUUUCUUACUUCUUCACUGACUUCCUUGGCUUUCACGUUCUUUUAAUGUGUCAAAUAAUUGUAUGCUGCCAAAGACCAACUUCACUGCAUCGGGAAAGUAUUCAGAGCGUUUCACUUUUCCACGUUUUUCUCUUACAGCCUUUUUUCCCAAAAUAGAAUAAAUUCAUUUUUGUUCUUCAAAUUAUAAUGACAAUACCCCAUAAUGACAAUGUGAAAACGUUUUUUGUUUUUUUUAAUUUGCAAAUGUAUUUAAAAAAAAUAAAAAUCACCUGUACUACUGAGCCCCUAAAGGGAUAUGGUGGAAUUUUGUUUUUUAUA